CCUCUGUUCUUUUCCUUCUCUCUCUCAUUGGUUUUUACCAUUUUUCCCCGGGAUUUUCUCUCUCUAACCCUUGCAGUUUCUCGGUCUUCUUCUUUGGUUUUACCUUUUCUCUGCUCUCUCCUUCUCUCUUCAAGAAUGGCAUUUUCUCAGUGUUUUCUGGAUUUACCAUUCGUUUUGAUUGCUCUCUCUCUCUAAAAAGUUAAUAUUUUGCUUCUCUCUCUAGAUCUUUUCUUAUCUCUCACGUCACAGCCUGUCUUUUUAUGGCGAUAUUCUCUGUAAAAUCUUAUCGGCUUUGACCGGGGAACCUUCUGAUAUAACUGCUCCCCGUGUCCUCUAAUGGCUAUUUAAUUUCUCUCUCUUCGCUUUGUUAAAACUUCGAAGUAUUCGCGUUUCUCAUUCCCUGCGUAUCUCUCUGUUGAAGCUCAAUUUCUAAUUAGUGGAGAUUUUGGGCUUUCAUUCUUCAAAUAACAUACAGCUAUUCUUCUCUUCUUCGUAUUAUUCUUUAUUCAUAAGAGAACCAGAAAGCUUCAUCACUAUGAAGUCUUCUUUGAAGAAGCUCAGAGGAUUUACAAUUCAUAAGAGCGAUGCAAGGAAAGAGGACUACAGGCCUCUGUCUCAGUUAGAUGAGCUAGAACAAGCUUCAAAGGACAUGGAAGAAAUGAGAAGUUGUUAUGAUAGCUUCCUUAUUGCAGCGGCUGCUACUGCUAAUAGUGCAUUCGAAUUUUCAGAGUCAUUGAAGGAAAUGGGUGCCUGUCUACUUGAAAAGACUGCAUUGAUUGAUGAUGAGGAUAGUGGGAGAGUCCUGAUAAUGCUGGGGAAAGCACAAUAUGAGCUUCAGAAACUUGUUGACAACUAUCGUUCUCAUAUAAUUCAGACAAUUACUAAUCCAUCUGAGUCUCUUCUCAAUGAACUUCAGACAGUUGAGGAAAUGAAAAGCCAAUGCGAUGAGAAACGAGAAGUAUAUGAAUUUAUGAAGGCAGCAAGAAGGGACAAAUCAAAGUCAAGAAAUACUAAAGGAGAAAGUUAUUCAUCUCAGUUGCAGACUGCUCAAGAAGAAUACAAUGAGCAGGCAACUUUAUUUGUUUUUCGCUUGAAAUCUUUAAAGCAAGGACAGUCCCGGAGUCUGUUAACACAGGCAACCCGACAUCAUGCUGCACAGUUGAGUUUCUUUAGGAAGGGACUUAAAAGUUUAGAAGGAAUUGAAGCGCAUGUAAAACAGGUUACUGAACAGCAACAUAUUGAUUACCAAUUCAGUGAACUUGAAGAAGAUGAUGCUGACUAUGGUGAUGAAGAUGAGGGAUACGAUGCCUUUGAUGAUGGUGAAUUGAGCUUUGAUAAUGAACAGAAUGACGAUGAAAUGGAGCUUGAUCAAAUCAACCAUGCAUCUGUUUCGCCUGUUAAGACCAUAUCUUCUCAGGUUAACAUAGAUAGACCCCAAAGGCAUUAUCAUGCUGUAGUUAGCAAGCCAAGACUUGGCAGCCAAUCAGCACCAAUAUCAGCUGCGACAACUGAAAAGCCAAGGAGCUUGCCCUCAACAACUACAAGAAAAUUCCAUACCUAUGUGCUACCAAUACCACUCGAUGCCAAGAAUUCGCCAACUACUCAAGAUCAUGGCACGAGACCAAUGAGUACAAGGGGGCCUGCUCACUCUUUAUAUCAUUCAUCUCCCUUAGAACAGAAUAAGCAUUGUGGGGAAUCCAGACCUAAACAAUCAUCAGAGCGCAUCAGAUUUUCAGUUCUUAAAGAAAACAAUUUUAACAGGCCAACCAUCCAAAGCAAGGGUUCACUGCCAAAAUUCAACUCUCGAAUUCCCUCUGAUACUAAAAGGAUCAAAAGGCAUGCCUUUUCGGGUCCAUUGCCUGGUAAUUCUUUGUCGAGAAAACCCAUUAUAUCUCAUAGUGGUUUUGGAGAUUCAACAGAGAAUCCUUUGUUAGGCUAUGGAAUUCUCACUCGUGUUCCAGUUUCUCACUCUCCAAGACUUUCUCCUAGUGCCUCACCUCCAUUAACAUCACCAAAAAUAAGUGAGUUACAUGAGCUUCCAAGGCCACCAAGUAGUUCAGCGAAAUCUCCAAGACCUUCCAACUCCAUAACCUACUCUGCCCCUUUAGCUCCUAAAAGAAAUCAAGAGCCUUUGACUGUAAAUAGAGUUACCUUCUUGACACCAACUGCUGCCUCGCCAUUGCCGACACCUCCUGGGACUGUGCUUUACAGUUUCUCUAUACCUUCAAGUCGUCAGAAAGCAGGGGCACUGCAAUCAACAAAGUCAUCAGAGGCUUCUCCCGGCAAAGAGACAAUUGAAGAAGUUUUUUCACCUCCUUUGACACCUAUUGCAUUUUCAAACAUUAAAAGGGCAUCAUCUGCUUCAGCAUUGGAAGGUCAUGCGAAAAAGAACCAGUGAUGCAUAUGGUUUCAAAAAGGCAAAGUUUGAUUAAGGCCAUCCGACCAUUUCGAACGAGAGCUCUCAUUCUUAGUCCUCCAUGUAAAUAAUAUGUGUAUUAUAAUCAUAUCUUUUACAACUUAAAAUUUUUUUUUUUUUUUCAUUGUUUGCUUGGGCUAUUGAUUGCGACAUUAUAUGCAUCAUUAUGUCAAAAUAAUGUGCGAUCUCGUGUUCAAUGAAUUGUAACAGCAAUUUUGUCAA